UGAUGCGACAUGUGGUUAGGUGGCAAGCCGGAUUUUAAUCUAUGUCAACCAAUAGAUUUCACAUAAGUGGAAUCCUGACUGUUUUCAUUCUAAUGUGCUUCAGUUGAGCUCUGACGAAAAUCCCACCCUCCUCUUCUACAGAACACGGAAGUAGAAGUAACAGACAGGAGCUGAAAUCAAGCUAAACAAUUCGACUUCGACAAAUAGACUACAGCUUUCGUUAUGAUGUUUUGUGAUAUUUUAUUUUAAUAGAAAGACUACCGCUUCAAAGAGCUCUACGAUUCGUAAAACCUUUAAAACGGACGCCGAGUAAAUAUAGUCGUUAAGUUUGUUCAGGCAAAGUGAAAGUAAAACCCGAAGAGAGCUUGCAACAUGGCGGAUUUUGACGAGGAUAUUACUGACAGGCCAUCUCUUCUGGAGACCGACUUGACCUGUCCGGUAUGUAAAGACAUAUUUAAGGAACCAGUGUUGCUCUCCUGUAGCCACAGUUUUUGCGAGGAAUGCCUGGAGGCCAGCUGGAAAAACCAGGCGAAGCGGCAAUGCCCGUUGUGCCGAAAAUGUUGCGACGGAGAGACGCCGAUCCCCAACCGCGCACUGAAGAACACCUGCGUGUCCUAUAAGAAAGAAAGGAGUUGGAGAGGAACAGGUAUAGACGAAAUCAUCUGUGGGUUACACCAGCGACCCUUUCAGCUCUUCUGCAUUAAAGACGAGGAGCCCGUGUGCGUUGAUUGCGUGACUCUUCACUCCGGGCACGAGCUCAGUCCUGUAGAACAAGGAGUUCCUUUCUGCAAGGAAGAACUUGGCUUGAAAAUCAAAAUACUGGAAAACAAGCAGGGAUCCUUUAAAAGAAUGAAAAAUAGAUAUAAAGACACAAUCACCUUUAUUGAGGUACAAACAAAGGAGGCCGAAAAUCUAAUUAGGCAGGAGUUUGAGAGACUCCAUCAGAUCCUCACAAAUGAGGAGACAUCCAGAAUAACAGCGUUGAAAACAGAGGAAGCUGAGAAGAAAAAGAUGCUGGAGGAAAAGAUUGAAAUCAUCAGUAAUGACAUUGCUGCUCUUGCAGAAUUGAUUCAGUCGGUGAAGAGGGAAAUGGGAGCAGAGGAUUUGACAUUUCUGCAGAACUUCCAGAAGCUUAAAAGAAGAACACAGUGGACUGGUGAAGAACCACAGAGACCCCAAGGAGCUCUUAUAAACAUGGCUUUGCAUGCUGGUGGUCUUGGUUACAAAAUCUGGGAGAGCAUGCAGUCUCACAUACAAUGUUGGCCUGUACUGCUAGAUCCCAACACGAUUUCUCCCUGGCUUUCUAUGUCUCCUGAAUAUUCCAGUGUGAAGGAGAGUCCAGAGAGACAGUCUUUACCAGACAAUCCAGAGAGGUUUGACCCCUGCGUUUUUGUCCUUGGCUCAGAGGGUUUUUCUUCAGGACGCCACCGCUGGGAGGUCAAUGUGGCUGACAAUCCCAAAUGGAUCCUGGGAGUAUGCAAAGAGACAGUGGUUCGGAAGAGAAAGUUCACAGUAACCACAACGGCAGGGGUCUGGACCAUUGGGCUAAGCAAAGGAGUCUACAAUGCUUUGACUUCUCCACGUACUGUGCUUAAAGUAGACAGAAGGCCAGAAACUAUCAGGGUAAAGCUUAAUAUGGAAAAGGGAGAAGUGUCGUUCUGGGAUACAGGUAACAACAAGCACCUAUGCACGUAUACUGAUAAGUUCAAUGGAAAGCUGUUCCCUAUCUUUGGCCCGGGUCUGCACAGCACACCAUUGACUAUCUUGCCUGCCAAAGUAACCAUACACAAACAAUAAGUUUUGGUGAACAAGAAAGGCUUUUGAAAAUGAAGACGUCUCCCACUGUGUUCCUAUUCAAUUGUUGCUCCAGGUUUAAUUUGUACUCAAUUAUAUUGAUCUGUGAACAGAACAAACUUAUCAAGUAAUAAUCUACUAUAUUUAAAUUAUUGUUAUUAUUGAUAUAAUGAAUUAACAUCAUGUUUUAUUGGUGUGAAUUGUUAUAAAUAUUAUAGAUGAUUGUCAGGGAUAAAGAUAUCCAUUCCCUGUUAUCAAAAUGGCAUCUGCACAUCCUUUAUAUGAAGAAAGCCGCACUAUUGUAUGCUUGACACCACUACAGUUUUAUUUUAAAAGACAAUUUAACUAUGAAAACUAGGUAUUUCCAAAUCAAGUCUUGCAUUGAUAGACAUUUGACACAAGAAUAAUCAUUACAAGUUAAUUAUUAUAAAUAUUAUUAAUGAACAAUAACACAGUUACAACCAGUAACUGUUAUUAAACCAGUAUGUGCAAGUUUUGUUAUUAAAAUGGGCUAUCUUUAGUCUUUUUUCUGAGAUUAAUGUUUGUGCCUUUUUUUCAAUUGGCAAUAAAGAAUCAGACAUAAUUUUA